AUGCCACUACAAAGCGGUGAAUCCCGGCGGACGACUGGUCCAGCAAGUGGUCUGUCAUCGUCCUAUCCAGCAGCAUCUUCGGAGCUCCGUCCAAGGGAACACACGGCCGAGCCACGCAGCCAAGGAUAUACCCAUAACAAUAGCCAAUACCCGCCAACACCAGUAACUUAUCACGCUCAACCACACUACUCCAACCAUCCCGGAUCACGGUCAAGCUGGGCUGGGUACAGCAGCAGUAGUAGAGAAGAACAAGAGUCUAGUUUCUCUUUGACGUCGACAACAGCCGCAGGAACGACAGCAGGAGCCCCUUAUUUUCGGAGGAGCGUACACCAUGAUCCGCAGGAUGAUUACCAUCACUCACCACAGCAUGGAACUUAUAUCCCUCCGCCUUCUUCGUCGUCGUCGUCGGCAAUUGGACAUCAGGAGUAUCGGACCAACAACAGCAGUAGCAAUAGUCUUGACGAGUUGCAUCAUCCCUACAGUAGCAGCAACAGCAAUAACUAUCAUCAGAAGCGCGAGGGAUCCUUCUCAGAAAACCACUAUCAGAAUUGUUCUGGUCAGGAUGGCUACCCUGCUGACCCCUACAACGACCGAGAACGUGGAGAAGGAUAUGAGUCUGGUGGAGCAGCAGCAGCAGCGAGCAACGGUGGCGAAGGUGGCGAGAGCGCUGGUGAUAGUGGCGGUAAGCAUCGCAACAACUCGGUCUCGUCGAACGCCAGUCAAUCAAGCUCAUCCUCCCUGUCGCACUAUCACCCUCAUAUGAGCGGGAACAAGCAUCCCUGCAAGUUCCCGACCUGCGGCUGGAGCUUCAAGCGGUACGAGCAUCUGAAGCGACACAUGCUUGUCCAUACCAAGGAGCGAGCCUUUGUCUGUGAUUAUCAUGGCUGUGAGAAGUCUUUCAGUCGGUCGGACAACUUUUCAGCGCACUUGAGGACUCAUUCCAAGAAGUCGGCAGCUGCUGCAGCUGCUGUGGCGGCGGGGACGACGACGGCGCAUAUUAGGCGGUUUGAGAGACAGCAACAGCAGAUGACGGAGGCAGCAGCAACAGGGGGACCAGGAAGUGGAGACAGGUCGAUGAUGAUUGACCCGAUCCGGACCAACUUUCCAAACAGCUCGACGUCGGCUUUGGUGUCUUCGGGACCUUCAGAAAGGAGGGGUGGUUCUGGAGACAGUGGGGCUGAUCACGCGCAUCAUCGGCAUAGCAUUGCUGGGUACCCCAGUUACUCAGGUGGAUCUCGGUCACCGUUGCAAAUGCAGAACAUUUAUUCUCAUGGUCUCCCUACUCCUGUGACGAACCAUGGACCCAACAGCGCAACGACAAAGUCGGUCAGGAACUCAUACUGUGGUCCAUCCUCCGCCACUUCCGACGAUCCGGCGCCCUCGGAGUAUGAUCAGCAGAAGCAGCAACCAAAAUCCGCGACAUCGUCAUCGUCAGUCUUCUCGUUUAGACUUCCGUCAGAACAGCAUCAACAGCAGCAGUACCACAAGCGAAGCUCAUCCUCCGGCAUGCAUCCACUGGAUUCUCCCACCACGCCUACAACAACAACAUGGCCUACGAAUCCUACUCCAGGCGCUACUGGUACGGUGGAUGGGAUUGUGCCAAAGUUCAACACCAUCAAGCUAGAUCUCAAGUCUGUCACCAAUAAUCCUGAAGACUCGCCGUCCUCUCAGCGACAAUACCAGAACUAUCAUCACCAUAAGCAGUACCAGCAGCAGCAGAGACGGCGAUUCUCGAGCCCUGAGGCCAAGGAUGAUGUAGAGUUGAAACGCUCAGGUUCUGUCCGCCCUGGGUCUUCAAGCCCUUACCCAUACCACCACCACCAGCGUCACCAACAGCAACACCGGUACAGCAGUGGCAGCAUCCAUUCUGGCGGGUUCAAGUCUGAGGAGCAUGAUGAAGAUCAUCUUUCUCAACGACGUGAGUCGAGCCCAGGUCUUGGUCGUGAGCACGAGGACGAUGAUGAGCGACACUAUGAGGAAUCAGCGUCGUCGGACACUGUCACGGGGUACGAGCGCCCGAACCCGAACCCCAAUGGCGAGUCCCCCGUCUUGGCUUCUCGUGGCGCACACCAUCCUGCUGGAAAUGACGAGAUGGAGACUGUCAAGUAUGAGCAACAACCGUCAUCGGCGAUGGGCUUUCCGGCAUCCAUCUCGUCGCACUUCACGCCCGCCCACAAAAGUGGCGACAACAAGCCCAGCUCUUCGCGUCCAGGUUCUCCAUCCAUUGGCGAUCUCCAGGAGGGCGCGUUGAAGAGCAGUAACGGUGAUGGGCGUGGUCUGUCAUCGUCAUCUUCCAAUUCUUCGCUCGUCUCUGCCAACAGACGGCCAUCCUCAUCUUCUGCGGUCCACAUGUCGGGGUCGUACCAACAUUUGAACGGAUCCGUCUCACCACCCAGGAGCAACUCAGAAUCUUACUCAGGAUCUGUCGCCAUGGAUGAGGAUGGUAACCCGUUGCACCCUCAACACCGUCACCAUCCAGGAUAUCACCACUCCCAGCACCACGGAGGAGGGUUUGGCGAUUAUGAUCGUGCCGGCGGGUACCCGCCAUCACCCCGCUUGCACUACGGACCUUCUUCGUCGUCUUCAUAUUAUCCUCCACAGCACUACGGUGGGCCAUUUUCGUCGUCAUCCAUGAACGGAGGAGGUUACUCGAGUCACCAUCACCACCAGUACCCCUCUUACCAUUCACAGCAGCAGCCACCGUACCCGAUGGAGGAAUCGGGAUCAUACCACCAUGGCCAUCCCGGUCACCCCAGUCACCAUGGUCACCACAACAUGCCUCCAAUACCUCCCAGCUCGUUAUCCUCUCACGUCCAACAACAACAGCAAUCACAGCCUCCACCACUGCAGGCGGCACAAAGAGUCGCAACUUCGGGAUCCGGCAUCGGUUCCGGUAUUGGUAGCAGCACGAUAGGAGGAGGAGGAGGAGGUAGAGUGAGGGGUAUGACCUCAUCCGCCAAGAACCACUGUUGCCCAGUCUCGGGGUGCAUGAAACGGUUCAAGCGUUUGGAGCACCUGAAGCGCCAUACAAAGACUCAUACACUUGAACGGCCUUUUGCUUGUUUGACCGCUGGGUGUAACAAGCGGUUCUCGCGUUCUGAUAACCUCUCACAACAUAUCAAGACGCACCAGCGCCAAUUGAUGAGCAAGAUCCACUGGAAGCAGCGAUCUAUGUAA